CCAAGAUAAUUGGAAAUAAAUCUUUUGUACGUUUACAAAACAUGCCUUCCGCCUUUUUUGACGGCUUCGCGAUCUUAAUCUCAUCACUCUCUGGACAAGAGGGUCUAUCAACAGUACAAAUCAUCGAGCCCGCACGUUUUUCGAUGUCAUCGGCAUGACCCCUGUACCACCCACACCACCGGAACGGCGAAUUACGUUCUUAUUCAUUAUCUUAAUUACUCCUCCGAUUUGUGAUAAGAGACACCAUGUCUUCUGAGGCCGGCUGGUGUUUGGAAGAAAAGUAAAACAAAAUCACGGCCGAUAAGGUCUCUAUCGGCAGUCAUCGAUGAUAAGUGAAUCGCUUCGGGCCCCGGUCAGCGAUUCGGUUCGAUGCCGUUUGAUUGUCCAGUUGACCGCGACGGGUUGAAAAGACAUGUAUUUUCCGAGCGCGUUCGGAUGGAAGUACAAACGCGUUUAAAGGGACUUUGUCUAGUGCUGGUAUUGAUCGGAAGUGUCAGGGCGCAGUGCGACGAUGAGGUGGAAGGUUCGGUUAUAGGUGAAUGCGGUUCCACCCGGAUGGCUGAUAAUGGAUUUGAAAACUUCCUGCCGACGGGACCGGAAGGCAGCUACAACAUCCGUUUGAACAUUACACAGCACACGAUGAGGGCAGACGAGGAGUGUAUGUUGGGAACGGCUUACAACUACAUGCCAUGGAUGUUUCCGAACGGAACGCUGACGAUCAGGAACCAAUCAACGGCCCUCGAUUUGUCUAACUUGAGGCUAUCUGAUGAUGCUAUGUCGUCCCUCGUGAGAAGCUUGGCCGUGUUGUCAUCAGUGAAUAACAUUACAUAUCUAUCGAUGGCGUACAACCGACUGAAUUUACUUCCCGUGGAUAGCUUAAUUAAUUUUCGCAACGUACAGUAUUUGUCUCUGAUGAAAAAUCCCUUCAGAGAAUUCUCACCUGAUCUGAAGGUCCGUCCCAAGAUGCCGCAUCUACCGUUCCUAAUAGCGCUGGACAUGAGAUUUUGUCGUUUGCAGUCUUUACCGCCGGACUUCUUCCAGAGUCUACCCGGGCUGCAGUAUUUGUUCCUGUCGCAUAACUUCAUAAGUAAGCUUCCAGCCACGCUAUUCUACUCGCUGGGGCGGCUUGUCCAUCUGGAUUUGUCCCAUAUGGAUAGUCAUUCCCUCCGGGAGGAAGAAGCACGAUUGGAGAAUCCCUUUAUGAGAUUGAUCGAAGGCAUGGAUAUGGAUCCGAACAUUUUUCAACCGCUGCAAAAGUUGCGGUUUCUCGAUUUGUCGUUCACCAAGCUGGACCUGAAGGCUUUCAUGUCGAUGAGUUCUUUGGGUGGAAAGCUGGAGUACGUUAGCUAUUGCUACACAGACCUUCCGGCGCUUAUGGAUUAUCUAUUUCUAAUGGAAAGUAUUAAGAUGUUAGAUCUGUCCGGCAAUGUAGGUUGCGCGAGAGCAUUGAAUGCUGGAAGUUUUCAGCUCCUGAGAGACACUUUGGAAGUUUUAUUCUUUAAAAAUGCUAGCAUUUACCAAUUGGAUUGGAUAACCGGUAUGAAUAAGCUACGAGUGCUGAAUUUGCGAGGGAACUUCCUGGCGUCAUUUGAAGGGGCGCCCAUGCGAGAUUUGGCAAGCUUGGAAGUACUCGAUGUGAGCCGAAAUUUCAUUCAAUCGUGGUCAUUUCGUAUAUUCCACCUAAAUACGAAACUGAAACUACUGAAUCUGAGAAAUAACAACCUCCUGCUGAUUCCUAGCAGUAUGCUGAAAGAUUUUGAAAAUCUAAAUUAUUUGGCAGUGGGUGGGAAUCAGUUACAAUGUUCGUGUAAUUUUGUGUUUUUACUACAUAUGGUGUUCGAAAAGGAUUCCAAAGAUGUCGAAAACGAAAAUAGUUCUUUAGCAGUAACUACGCAGCAACCCACAUACUCCGUCGGCCAUAUAACGUUGUACGAUUACAAUGAAGACGACUACCUUUGCAUGAACUUCACUAACAAGAAAAAAGUGAACACACUAAAACUUUCCGUUUGUAAUCGCGAAGAUGAAGGAUCUUACUCGAACGUGAGCGAUGCGAUCCCAGAGUCGAUAGAAGAAAUGAUUGAAGAUUACCUUGUGAUAUACAUAGUAGCGUGCGUGGUGGCCGUGAUAAUUCUGGCGUUCGUCGUCAUGAUCUACUGGAACUGGUUCUACAUCAAGUACUUCUUUGUGCUGCUGAAAAAUUCUGCGAUUCUGAGCUUCUACGACGACGAUAAAGUGUAUCUGGACAAAAGCUGUUUGGAUGACGAAGCAGCGUAUCAGUAUGACGUGUUUGUGAGCUACAGCGAUAACGACAGAGCUUGGGUAUUGGACGAAAUGCUGCCCAACUUGGAGCAGGAGGAUCUUAUCACGGUGUGCCUGCAUGAGAGAGAUUUUGAGGUGGGAUAUGGCAUUUUAGAGAACAUAAUAUCCUGCAUGGAUCGAUCCCGCUGUCUGAUGCUAAUUGUAUCGGAGUCGUUUUUGCUCAGUAGGUGGUGUCAGUUCGAAAUGCAUCUGGCGCAGCAUAGGUUGCUCGAAACGCGUCGUGACGAGCUUAUUUUGGUACUACUCGAAGACAUCCCCAAGCGCAAGUGUCCGAAGACGCUCAGCUAUCUGAUGAAGACGAAAACCUACAUCAAGUGGCCCCGGCAGCAAACCGGACGGGACCGAGAGCUUUUCUGGAAGCGUUUGCGCAAAGCUUUGAUGUCGACUAAGCGGUAAGCAAGCGGUUGAUGCGCGUUGGCGUUGGAAGCUUUUCUUUAGCGCAUCGAAUGUCGACGAAUGGAGGAUGGGUGGUCUACCGGUAGGAGCAUUUUGGGUGGUUAUCUUCAAAGUCAUUUUAAGCGUAAAUAAAGAAGAUAGUAAGUUAUUAAGUUGCGAGUGAUAAUGGGGAGCAUUUAUUAAUCUUUAGAGAAUAAUUCUAUUGCGAACAAUAAAUUGAUACGUGUUGCAUGAUGGA